GCGUCGACCACCCUCCGCCGCCCACUUAUCCAGUGGACAGCGCUGGAUAGAGGCUAAAUCAUGCACAAAGCCCUAGAGACCACAGAACUCAUCUCCAUCAUAUGCGACUUUGCAGGGGGACCUUAUUACAGCUGCAGCGCCGAUGUUCUGCGACUGGCCCUGACUUGUCGUCGAUUCCUCGAGCCAGCCCUCGAUGUUCUCUGGCACGACGUCUAUAACAUUGCACACCUCUUGAAGUGCUUUCCACCCGAUAUAUGGAUGCAGGAGGAGACGGUGGACUGGUAUGAUGGGCGGAAGCUGAAAGUUCUCCGCUGUCCAAGACACCAGGACUGGAAGCGCCCAAGAUACUAUGCUAAACGCGUCAAAGAACUAUACUUUGACCCUCGUGGUGUGGACGUAACGUUCUACGACACGCUGGCGAUGUCCUGUCCCGACCACGUUCUCUUUCCCAAUCUUCUUCAGCUUCACCUGAGCGAACCCACAGGAGGAGACAACUCGAUUAUGUCAUUCGGCCGCCUCCUCAUCAGCCCGUCGAUCCAACGCCUGAACCUUACUACUUGCAAGUGGGAGAAGUCGCUGCAAGCCAUGUCAUUCACCACCUUCCUCACAUCGAGAUGCAAGCCCACUCAUAUUGACAUCUCCUUUGCCGGCCUUCCUGAUGACGCAGUGGACGUGAUCUUUACGGACUGGACCCAUUUGCAAAGCAUUACACUGGAGAUAGUUCAAACGACGAUGCUAAGACGGAUUGCGUCCUUCCCCUCUCUUCAAGUCCUCAGAAUUCGAGGGUCAUACGUUCACCCAAAGUCCAUCGUCGGAGAGCUGAUGGAAGUAGAAGGACACGGCGGAUUCCCAUCCCUACAGCAGGUCGUCGUGCGUUAUGGCACCCCGGAAACAUGCACUUGGCUGCUCGCCAUGAUGAACCGCAGCCCCGUCAAAAAGUUGGACAUGUACCUUCACUCUGGAAUGUCUGUCUCGGCAGAGCAGUGGCGAGACAUCCUCCAACUACUGCUCUCCGCAGUGGACCACCAAACGCUGGAACGCCUCGUCCUCUUCGAUAACGCCGUACACGAAGACGACGCGCACACGAUUUACCCCUUCUCAUGCGACUUCGUGGAGCCGUUGCUCUGCUUCAAGGGCCUUCGCCGUCUCACCUUCCGACCGGUGUGUCCCGUGCACUUGGACGGUGCUACGCUGUUGGCCAUGGGCCGGGCGCUGAGCAAUCUGCGCUUUCUAGAUAUGAGGGGCCACCGACUCGAUCAUUCUCCGACUAUUACGGUUCACGAUGUCGUCGGAUUCGCCCUGCAGUGCCCCGCUCUGCAAACCGUCGCAUUCUCUAUUGAUGCGCUGGAUCAUGUACCCUGGCCGCAGUCCGGUACCGUCCCCGAGGGCGGGCGCCGCAACCCAUCGGUCACCAAAUUCGCGGUCGGCUGCGCGACCAUCUGUGCCAACGAUGCGAUUAUUUAUGCCGCAUACCUGUCCUCUGUCUUUCCCAACCUGUGCGAGGUCGAGGCGUGGGGCGAUGGCGGCCUCCGUGACAUGACGCACUCCCGGUGGAAGGACGUGGAGAGGUUGCUCCCACUGUGCCGCGAGCUUAGGCAGCAGGGGUAUCUGCACGGUCUUCAGCAGCAGCAGCAGCAGCAGCGAUGUCUGCACGGCCAGCGUCCAAGACGUGGUGAAGGUAGCGACGCAACGAACUUUGGACAAACCAGCUCCCCGGACUUUGGACAAAACGGCCCCGCGAACUUCGGCCGUCUGAGAAACUGGUCGAAAGGAUGGCCAGACGCGCCCAUGGAAGACUUUUAUUCGGAUGACGAUUAUGGUCGCGAUCCAGAGUAGGGCUUCUGCUAUCAGUAUGCUCAGGUCGUUUCCAAGGGUCAAGAUGGUCGCGUUCUUAUGCUCGUUUUCGCCUUCUGUGUCCAUCGUGGGGCAGCCUGACGUCUUCAAAUUGGCAUAAACUCUCAAGUUAAGGCUGAGAGCUAGUCCGAAGAUGGUGGUCGGCAGGGAGGGGGAGUAGGCUGGAUGUGCUGCCAGAACACCUCGACCUUAGCAUCUUAGCCUGGACCGAGGGGCGGGCCCGACUGAUGAAAAGUGGAGGGCGGUCAAGAGGAGGAAGGUGUUAGUUACACUAACGAAAUAUAUAUACUUCGUUCUCGUUCUCGAGCCCUCUGUGUCUCUCUAGUCUCUCGCGUUCCC